UCACCCACCCGAUAACCAAACAAUUCCCCGGAGAUUUAUAUGCGCCAACAUCCAACUUUGUUCCGUGACCAUUGUCACACCUCCGGACUAGCAAGGUGCAUCCGCUUUACCGCAAAGAAAAGGAAACUCAACCACAACCCGGCCAAUCUUUAUCAUUCCUAGAGACUUCGACACACCACCCACCCUUAAACCUCGCUUGCUUGCAUCAUCGGCUUGCAAAAUGACCGCUCCAGCCCCCACGAGGCCAAACCUCAACCUGGAUGAGUUGGAUCGGCUGUACAACAAUGUGCUUGUUGAAACUGGCAAGAUCUUCAAAGUCCUUGCCAAGGAGGGUGGUAGCUCGGUUGCCGAGUUGCCUGCUGCGAAUACCAGCCGUAUCCAGUACAAUAUCGAGGAGUUUAAUGCCACCUUAGAUGAGGUCGAGUUCGAGAUCGUGCAAGCCAAGGCCGCCAUCUUGAGGGAUCUGAACAAAGUACGGGAAAAGCGCAAUCCACCGCCGGUACCGGUACCGGCACCAAAACCGGCGUCUCUCUCGGCCCCAACAGCGCCCAUGGCACCCAAGGCUCCCAAGGCUCCAAUGGCUCCAAUGGCCCCCAUGACCGUCGGUAUUCCGCCAGGUCCCAGCCCCCCUCAACCUCAACCCGGGAAGCCGCCUCUUAACAAGUCGGUGGCUCCCAUCCCUGAUAUGGGACUCGAUCUUACCGCCUCUCCCGUGGCCAAGCACUCCCCGAGCCCGAAGCUGGUGAAGACCAAUCCGAAGAACUCGCCUCGGCCGGGCGCCGCGCGCCCUGUUAGUGUACCUCCGAAGAAGGAUUCCAAGGUCCCGCCAGGUCAAGCCUCCCGACUAGCACAUGCGGCAACCGCAGCAUCACAGGCUCCUCGAUCAGCAAGCGCAGCGCCCCAAGCCCCCCAUCCAGUUCACAACGCCAAGUCUGCGGUCCUUCAUGGUGGGAAUCCGGGAUCUGGUCCAAUCGCGCCGCCUAAUCACAUCAACAUCCCGAACCAACCUCAUCAUCAGACCGUGUCAGGGCCGCAACCACCUCAGCCAACGCAGGGACCUCAAGGGACGUUCCACGCUCCACCCCCCGCUACAGCCAAAGCCCCAGCAUCAGUACCAGCACCAGGAGCCGAAGCUCUCUUCACAAACAUGACCUUCUCCCUGGCACCUGCCCCGGGAGAAGGGCCGAAACAGAACCACCAACCAGCCGCCAACAUGACGAAUGCUCCACACCCACCCGCUCCGAAUGUAGGUCAAGCACCGGUACCCCCGAACGCCAACACCAACGGAGGAGGAGAGGACGCCAACAUGUCCAACGCGGAGAUCUUCGACCUUGGAUCAGGAAGCAUGGACAACAUGGAGGACAUCAACUACGACCUGGGCGGAGAAGGCGGCGACAAUAGCAAUUUCAACGAUCUCUACUUCAGCAGCGGCGGCGAUGACACCACACAGAACACGGAGUUUGACAGCUCGAAUUACUACAACUUUUAGGAGGUGGUUUAGGAUACGGUCGAACGCCAGUUGAAGAAGCAUUGGAUAGGAGUCGAGGAGAAGCAUAGGGAGGCUGAGGAGUCGGGUCAGGUUGAG